AUGGAUCUCCUCGUCGCCGCCUGCAAAAACUUCAUCCUGAUCCUCAACACGGAGAAAACGGUGGUUAUGCACCAGCCUCCAUACAACGCUGCCUAUAAUGUACCGCACAUUACCGUCAACGGCACCCGAUUGGAAACCGUGGACACCUUCACCUACCUAGUAGCGCAGACCCUCGCAGCACCAAGAAUUAAGGACGAGGUGCCUCCCACCGAUCUCCAAAGUUAG